CUUGGUUCUUGCCUCUGGUUCUGCCCAGUGGAACCGUGGAAAUGACAGGCUUGGUACUGGGCCCUCCCAGGCUGGGGGAAAUGAAGUCUCCCUGUCUCUCUGUGUCUCAGUUGCUGAAUUGGUAAAAUAGGACUGAGGAAGAAAUGCCAAGAAUGAAAAGCACAGCGCAGCCAUGGAUGGCCCCCGGGCUCAGGCCGUGGAAGGCUCUUCUGCCCCCUCCUCACUCCCCUCCAGGAUGAGACCUCCCCCUGUCCUGACCUUCCUUUUCGUCCUGGUGGCUCUGGCCAGUGGGAACCUGGUCCAGUUUGGGAUGAUGAUCGAAAAGAUGACAGGGAAGUCAGCACUGCAGUACAAUGACUAUGGCUGCUAUUGUGGUCUUGGUGGUGCCCACUGGCCUGUGGACCAGACUGAUUGGUGCUGCCAUGCCCAUGACUGCUGCUAUGGGCGAGUGGAGAAGCUGGGCUGUGAACCCAAAAUGGAGAAGUAUCUCUUCUCUGUCAACCAGGGUAGCAUCGUCUGUGCCGGCAGGACCGCCUGCCAGAGGCAGACCUGCGAGUGUGACAAGAAGGCUGCACUCUGCUUUCACCACAACCUGGACACCUUCGACCGCAAAUAUGUCAAUUACCCCAACAAGCUGUGCACGGGACCCACCCCACCCUGCCCAUCUCCUCAGCCCAGCCUCUGGCUGCCAUAAAUCCCAGGCCAGGGGAAGCUCAGAACCAAAGCCCUCCCUCUGGAAAACUCCUUUCCUGCAAACUUGGCCCUCCCACGAUGCUCCCAGGCUGUGGCUUCCUGGGCCACCCUUUCUCUCCAGGAAGAGCCCCAGGAGCCAUGGGAUUCUCUGGUACCCAUAAAAUUCCCUAGCCGCCCCCCCCAGGAUCCUGGUUCCCUCUUCUGAAUAAAUGCAUAAUAUUUCCCCAUAAUUUCCCUAAUAUUCUUUGAUUCUCAGAUUCUGAUACCCUAGGAUUUAGUGCCUGCAGUUUCAUUCAUUCAUAUUUUGAGCACCUACCUUGUGCCACCCCCAUGCUAGACGCUGGAACACAGUGGGAACAAGUCUGGCAUGAUGGCCCUGCCUACAAUGCCAACUUUAAGUCCUUUUACUUUUCCACAACAGUAAGUUUCUGUGGCUCUUUUUUCCUAACCUUCUACAAUCUUACCCAAGACAACCAUGCCAAUUUCUGGGAGGAAUAUUUCUGGUUUAAUGUGAAAAGAAGGAAAAAUAUCAACCUAAAAAUAUUGUCCCCACUGUCAUCAGGCCUCAGAACACUCCCACCGGCAAAAACUGCUUUAGAGCGAUCUUAUCUUAUCCAAACCACUUUGUCAAUGACAGACAUCUGGGAGUCAGGGGGGAUGUCCUAUGGAGUAGUACCCUCACCCCAAGUCCUUCAUUUCUUCAAAAAAGUAGCAUCAGCCACCAACAUUCUACAGUUGUCACUUUGGAGAGACCAGAUGGGUCUCACAGUUUUCACCUGCUGUAAGCAGAUGCAGCUGGGUCAGACUCUUGACAGGGAGAAGGAGAGUUCAACAGCACUAAAGGAUUCCCACCAGGAGGCACACAGCCUACUCUGGAAGUGAUGUGCUUUGGCAGGUUUUACUCCUAACUACAGCUACAGCAGCUCCACGAGCUACAAUCUGAACCUACUUAAUGAGACAAAGGAUGUCAAAUGCACUGUGCUGGGCAAAGCUCACAGCCCAAGCCCAGUAAACAUGGUCUUCCCUCAUCCUUCUCAUUACCUGUGCUCAACAGUCAGGACUAAGAAAUCAAAGGGAUGCUUUGUCAUGAACUUCAAAAGGCAAAGAAGCUCCGUGUUAACAAGUGAAGUUGGGGAUGGACGUGUGCAUGUGCUUUUGCUGCUGUGACUCCAAUCACUGGAAGGCGGUGUCUUAGAGCAAAAAUGGCUUACACGGAGGAGUAUGACACGCAUUUGUCAGGAAAAGUGGUCCUGAGGCGCCCUCUGGUGUCCAUUUUAGACAGAACCCUGAAUUUGUCUUACACCUGGAUUUCCUUUCAGGGAGUGGGCAGUGUGCUUCUGGGCUAGAUAAACUUCUGGGUGUGCAUUUUCAAUAAUAAAUAUGCUGAGAGAUCACCAAAAGAAUGCCUUGCAACAACCUUGGGAUGAUGGUUUCUACCCAAAAAUAAGAAACUCAAGGAAACACUGAUGUAGGUGGAUGGAGAGGUUCUUUCUGGGCAAGGUGGACUUCAGGUAUAAUAGGAGGAAUACCUGGUGAUCUUAUAAUUGUGGAACUGUUCAACAAACCAAAAAUUACAAGUUAGGAACCAGAACUCCAUGUGGACUCUUAUUUUCUCCCCAACCAAGCUGUGGGCUGCUUGGCCACAGACCAGUCUUAUGCUGUGUUUUU